GGAGGCGAACGUUUUCUGCUAACAGGUGUGAGAGAGAGCACACCAAUCUUCAUAGCCUGAUACGGAAUCCUUCCUCAUUGUUCGCAGGAAUAUCAAUCUAAGUCAUAUGUUGAUCACUUUCUAUCCAAGAGAGAUACAUUUAACGGUUAUUUGAAACAUACAUCGAAUAAAAUAGUGUAUUAUUAGUGUUUGGAAAGACCUAUUUAAAAAGACACGGGACAUCAGAGAGAAACCAUGUCAAUGAAAAAACCCAGCUUGAAUUUACCCAAAAUGAGCAGAAACCCGGUGGUGUUGGAAGGAGAGAUGUUCGGCGAAUUUCAGGACUGGUGUCUCCGGACUUACGGGGACUCGGGUAAAACAAAGACAGUCACCCGGCGAAAAUACAAUAAGAUUCUCCAGACCCUUUUACACACGGACGACUCCGACGCGGUCUACAUCGAGAGCAACCACAUCAACGCCAAAUUCAAAUUCUGGGUGAAAUCCAAAGGGUUCCAGGUCGGGACCAUUCAAGGGGACCUGAACAAGAAUGGAGCCACUGACAUACCUGUCCUGUACGUCCCCAUCAAGGUGACGUGUGUGGACGGGAGCUCUGGGUCGGAAUCCUCUCUGAAGAGGGUAGCGGUGGUGGAGGACUUCUUUGACAUCAUCUAUGCCAUGCACGUAGAGAUCAGCACCGACCCCGGCAAAGCACCCAAACACGCCGGACAGAAGAAGACCUACAAAGCGAUAGCGGAGACGUAUGCCUUUCUGCCCAGGGAGGCAGUGACCCGUUACCUGAUGAGCUGUGGUGAGUGUCAGAAGCGGAUGCACAUCAGCCCUGGCGGCGCAGAGUUCAAAGAAAAUGACAGACCGACAUCACUGGUGCCGGAUCUCAUCGACUACAACAUGCCGCUGACCACCACCUAUCUGAAGCAGAUGAAACUCCAGUGCAUGAGUACCAAUGAGCAGGAUGAGACUUCAGUGAGCAGUGAGGACUUUGAUAUGAACGACCCCACAUGGAUAUCAGCUGAUCACGGCCCUGCUUCCAACCUGAGUCCCCCGAACCGCAGAGAGAGAAUGCACAGCCCACAGAACACACACAUUAAGGAGGAGGACGAUGACUCAUCCUCGGAGAGUGGCAGUGGGAACGGCAUGCACACCAUGACCCUUCCGUCUGCGGGCGGGGUGGCCCCGGGGUCUGAGAGGUGCAUGGGGGGAACCCCCUACAGGAAGGUGGUAAACGGCAACAGGCCCUCGGCUCCGCUGGACUUCAGCACCACCUCCUCGUCCUCAUCGUCCGAGGACCAACAGGCUCCAGUCAACCUGAGUGAGACCAGGCUGCCUGGGUCUGCCCUGAUGGGCCCCUUCCAGCUCGACCCCCCAGACGAGCUGCGCAGGAAGUACCCCGUCAAGCCUCUCACCCAUGCCGCUGAGCUGCGCCUGGACAGAGACUCGAUCAGGGACUAUGGCAACAAGUCUCCUCAGUACAGCUCAGGAAGCUACGACUCAUUGAAGAUGGAGACAUGUGCCGAGGACCUGACCGUGACCAGAGGCGUGGCGGCGGCAGACGACGAUGACGACGAUGAUCACGACGACAGUGACAAGAUCAACGACACAGAGGGCAUGGACCCUGAGAGACUAAAGGCCUUCAACAUGUUUGUGCGUCUGUUUGUGGAUGAGAACCUGGACCGCAUGGUGCCCAUCUCAAAGCAGCCCAAGGAGAAGAUCCAGGCCAUCAUUGAGUCGUGUAGCCGCCAGUUCCCAGAGUUCGAGCUGCGUGCUCGCAAGCGCAUCCGCACCUACCUCAAAUCCUGCCGCCGAAUGAAGAAGAACGGCAUGGAGACACGACCCACCCCACCUCACCUCACCUCAGCCAUGGCUGAGAACAUCCUGGCAGCCGCCUGCGAGAGCGAGACACGCAAGGCUGCCAAGAGGAUGCGGCUGGAUGUCUACCAGGCACAUGAGGAGCAGAUAGCACUUGACAAGCCCAGUUCUCGCGAGCCAGCCUCCCUGGCCCACUCUGCCUACUCCCUGGCCGCCUCAGCCUACUCCCAGGACCAGCUCUACAUCAACGGUGGGCUCAACUACAGUUACCGUGGUUACGGGGGCCUGGGAGCAAGCAUGCAACACCCUGUCUCCUUGACAACCGCCACUGCUCAGAGCAACGGCCCUACUGACCUCAGCAUGAAGUCCCUGGUGUCCAACUCGUCAUCGGCCAGCUCCAACAGCCACGGGCGGAGCGGUGGCGGCGGAGGGAGCGGGGCCUCGGCACAGCUCAGCCCCACGGAGAUCACAGCCGUGCGUCAGCUCAUCGCCGGCUACCGCGAAUCAGCCGCCUUCCUGCUCCGCUCGGCCGACGAGCUGGAGACCCUGAUCCUGCAGCAGAACUGAGAUGAAAACUCCAUCUCCCCCCAACUCCCUCCUCCCUCUCUCACUCCAACUCUCCCACACGAACCCUAACUAACCGACCAACCACUCUCGCACUCAGCAGAUCCAUCCGUCCGUGAUUCGUCCUCCUCCACCAACCUUUACAUUCUCCUCAUCGCCAGGAAAAGAAGGCAUGCAACAGCGCUACCUUCCUCUAGUCUAAUAAUCCAAACCCCCUUGAUUGUUUUAGCAUUAGUGCGUGGAGAGAAAGAGCACUGUCUGUGACCACUUUGGAACAGCGUUUCUCCCUCUCUUCAACCACCUGUAAAGGAUUGUGCUCCCUCCCAAUCAUAACAGCUCUCCCUCACUCCCACAGCUCUGUGGAAAGAAGAGGGAUGACACAGAGAGUCGGAAAUGAGUCUACCUAGUGUGGGGGAGAGAGUGGUGGGCUGGUGCACUGGAGAACACUGAAGGGUUGUGCUGUAAGGAGAGAAGAGCGCCCCCUUGUGUAAGAAUAAAAUAAGUGGAUCCUUUUUGUGUGCCAGGAAGCUCUAUGUGCUGCAGUACACAGAUCCCCUAAACAACCUCGCCCUCCCCAAUAACAAUGAAAGCGAGACUCCCUGAUUAGUACAAAGAAAAUUAGUACAAAAAAUUAUUAGUACAAAAAAUAUUCUACAGGUUUUUUCGAAGCCUGUAGAAUAUUUACGUUUGUUUGGCACUGUUCCGAGCCACUGAAAAGGGGUGUUGACUGAUCUGAAAGAGAGCACUAACUAUAAGACACUGAACCACUUUGUUAAUGAACAGAGGCUAAGGAAGAAGACUGGGGGAAAAAAUGUCAAAAGAGAGACGCGCUCGCUGUAAAUAAGCUCUCUGUGUCCUAAAGCACUUUCCCCUGAUUCAGACCUCACCUACCCGUUGAGUAAUAAAGACCGCGAUGUCCCGGGAGUAACACUUUAACUUAUGCAUUAUGGAGACGCCAUCUUUUCCACAUGGAAAUACCUCAGAUCUACCAACCGUUUUAGUACUUCAUUCAUACUGGGUGCCGUUAUCAUACAACGCUCACCAGUUACUACCUGAUGUGUUCAGUGUUUUCAAAGACCUGCAGGAAGCAACGUCUUAACCAUUUCAAGGAGAAUAAAUAUUGUAACUAUAGUUCAAAUUCUAUCCCAAACAAAGUAUUGUUUGUCCCGUUAUUUGUGUAAUGUAUAUAUUCAGUCCAUAUUUGAUUCUAGAAGCAUCAGUAAAGUGAAGGACUGGGGGCAAGGAAGUAUGUUCUGUGGGAGACUGAACCUCUCCGAAGGUAGCUGGAGAUGUUUUUCCAGAGGCCUCCAUGUUUUCCACCCCCCCUGGUGGCUCGUUGCUCCCUCAUCAAUUCCAGGUUUUGGUUUGUCCCGAUCUGGUUGUCAACACUCAUCACUCGAUGAUACCGUCUCUUCUGGGUCUGGUUCUGCAUUCCUCUCUCUAACCUACCCCCCUCCCCCGGACCUAUACCCCCCACCCCCUUCUCCCCCCUGACCUUACCUGAGCUCCGUCCAGCUUAGUUCUGGACCUUGGUUCGGGGAGGAAUUCUAUAUUUCUUUGUCUAUUGACUCUUUGAGAUGGCCAUUAAUCCACGCUGCUGCUACUAUAUGGACCGGACUUUUGCCACAGACCUAUAACCUCAAGUCAGGACGCCAGCCUCCUGCACAACCAGAGCACCUCAAGACAACAACACAAACAAAAAGAAGCAAAAACUACUCGAGACGGAUAAGAGACAAAAAUGUCAUUUUUGAAAAGGACAUGCCAUCCCAGUCAGUUGCUUCUCUCUGCUACUAGGCACUCUGGUUGAUCUUUUUGUUCUUUCAUAAGGCUGUGUUGUUUUUACAUUCACUUUUUUCCUUUCUAGUUUUCUUCAUGAGUGUGAACCUCUGGAGGCAUAAAAGGAUCAAUGUGCUUCUCUUGCAGCCACUCACAAGGGUGAUCUGGGCCUAUCUAUCUUACUCUACAAUGUGUGGCCAAAGUCUGUGAGGUUUGUACCUUUUUAGAAUGAGAGAAAAAAAUGCUAUGUUUCUUCAAGAGGCCAGCCUGAAGGGGCUCUGUGUCACUGUAAUUUGCUCCCUUUUGCACACUGAAGCAACAUAAAUCUGUGACGAAGGCCCUGCUUGUUCAGGUCCCCAUCUUGCACUGGCGAGGUGUGUCCUACUAAAGGAAAGAGGAAGAGUGUCGCAAUGCAGUUGAUAAUCAUCACAUUCCUGGGCCUUGACUGCAUAGUGUUAAUGAAAAGAGGCUGAGCCCAAAGUGCGAGUUGUACAACGCAUCACAUACGAGCACCUCUAUUGUGUAAAUGAAAGCCAUUGAUUUAGGUGCACUAGCUCCGUGGCCUGUGAGAGGUCAUGUCUAGAAGGGAUUCCCCUAAUGUCAAAGUGAUGUCAAAACAUAGAUAUUCGAGUCACAUCAGGAAGAAUUUUUGCAUUUUAGCUAACCCUAACUAUUUUCCUAACCUUAACCUGCUGCAUAAGUUCUCCUAACCUGCUAUGAAAAGUCACAAGUGACAUUAGCGGUAUCCCAUCUAGUCAAGACCCCUGUGAGAGAUUGAAUGGAGCACUGGGCUCACUGGCAACACUCUGAACCACAGAACAACACCUUGAUCUAUCCUCCUAGCAUACAUGUGCAAUGUCAAAUCUGAUCUCCAUAAUGAGUACAAAAUGAUUAAGAAAACUUUUUUUAUUUUUAAUGUUAUGAAAAUAGUAUGCCUAGAUAGAAAGUAGAAAAUGAAGUCCAAUAAGUCCUCUUUAUCUCAGCGCAAGCUCUUGAUUGAAUCUGCUUAGUGGGUAAAAAAAAAAUUUAACACAAGAGAAAUAUGCAAAAUGACCAGUCAAGAGGAAACCCCCUCACUGUGUUCUCUCUCAAUGUGGCUUUGAUGGCUUCAAAAUGUGUUUUCUUAUUAGUAUCGCCCUCAUUUCUGCGGAUCCACCCUUCACUCUGCUCAUGCCCUGGGGUCUUAAGCUACAAUUCUCUCAGUACAGUAGAUGAAUAUAACUUAGAAGGGGAUUCUCUUCAUUCUUAUUCACUUCAGUCUUAAAACUGCCUUUUUUGCCACUGCAGGUUUGAGGUUUCAAAGGAUUGCCAGACAAGUAGUACAUGCAGUGCUGUGGCCAAACUGUACAUAGUGCUGUAAUUGAUGAUGUUACAGAGCAGUUGCUAGAGACAGUUCUGCUGUCCUCUGUAUUUCCCUACUACCCCAGGUCAACACAGAGCGAUGGAUGGAUCCUACCUCUUUAGAAAUGACCAGUUGAGCGCUACUGAAUUUUGUAAUGUCACAUGCCACGAACUUUUGCUAUAUAGUUAAGUGGGGGGAAAAAGAAGAAGAAGAUUGUGAAAGUUAUGCAUUUGUAAUAUAGACGAGGGACAAUUAAAUGUAUCUCUAAGAAGGUGGUAAGAGAUUAUAUAGUAAAGCUCUCGCUAAAUACUCCUCCCUCCUCCUCCGUUUGCACCUCUGGGGUUUUGCUCUAGUUUCUCACAGACGUUAAGAAAACAUACUGUAAAAAUAGGCAAAAGACAAUCUUGGAAAUAUGUAACUUGCUCACUGUUUAAUUUCCAUUCCUUUCUGUGUGCAGCUAUUGUAUACAGUGCGUCUUGGAGUAUUUUAGCCAUAAUCACAGCAUUCUUACUCAAACUUCUGGCUCCUUAACGGCGGUGGAGCGCUCAUAGGGACCCACUGUCCAUACACAUUUUCUAAUUGUAUUAUUAUUUUAUACAUAUUUUGUAGUGCAAGUCAGUGGUAUUAUCAAAUAAUAUUUUGUACAAUACCAACAUCUCAAGUGAAGUUACUCUGUAUGCCUAUACUGUACAUUCCAAACAAGGAUGUCAACACGUUUAACAACCGACCUGACCAGCUUCACGUUUAGUGAUCUGACCUCUGUGCCCAACACAAAACCCACACCCUAACAAAUGCUUGAGGGAGUGCUCUCUAAGAUUAGCACAGUUGGCCUUGUGAUUAGCUUCAAACAUGUUGUUGAUUGGAGCCAUGAUUAUUCUCCUGCUUAGGGCCAAAAAGACUUGACAUGCUAGAGAACGUGCCAACCGAGCACAGACCAAGUUUGCAACCUUAGCCAUGACCUUCAUGAAACUCCCCCUCUCAGACUACUGCAUGUAUCUCUCCCCCUGGGAAUGCUAUGCAGCAGUGUCAGCACUUCAGUGAAGGGGCAGUGUUUUGAGUGUGAGAAAAGUGUGAUUCCCUUAACCCUGAUCAUACUGUUUUAAGCGCAAACUGACAUUGGACCUCAAUGACUUUACAAAUGUCACCCCCCCCCAACAGAGAUUGUUCCACUCAGACAGGAGCAAAAAUAUGUGUGGUGCUGGUCAGGGUACCGCAAAUGGACACACAUUUUAAAACAAAUAUCUGCUUUGGUCAGAUGUAUAGCUCGACAUAAAAACAAGAAAGGAGAAAAAAAUGGCUGAACUUUUUAUUUUUCUAUCAGGGCAGUGUACAGCUACAGUCAAAUUAAAAUAGUUUCUCCAACCAUAGUGUGUUUUAUUUUAUCAUUUGGUGGUGCUUUGGAUUCCUCUGUUCUGUUUUAGGUUUUCCACUUUACCUACUGUACCAGAAGCUGAUUGUCUUUCUCAGUUUUUGAUUUGUACCUAAUACCAAUGUGAAACUGUAUUUUCCUCCUGAUUUUGGACUCAGUGGAAGUGUGAUGUUUACAUGUACAGAUUUUUGCUAUUCUUUUUUGUUUUGUUUGGUCAUUUCUCUCCACCCUAUUUUAAGUUAGUCUGAUACCUUGUAUAUUGAUGGGAAAUGGGACCAUGUCUAAAUUAGGUUAAUGUCACAUGGACACAUAUUUAGAAACUGGGUGUUGGGAGAGCUGUGUGCUUGGCUUAAGGAAUGCCCUCUCCUUAGCUUACCUGAUACACACAAACCAGUGAGUCACAGUGAACUGAAGCUCUGGUGUUACCACUUUACCAAUAUAGGAGAAUUUGUUCCUUAGUGAAUUAUAAGCCAUUGACAUCCCUUGAAGGGUUUUCUAGACUAUUAGUAUAUUUAGUGAGGAAAAACUCAACUGCAGACAAAAACCUCAGGAAAAGGACAUCACUUUAACACAUCUUACUGAAGGCCCAUUUCCCUCAUUGAUACCAUAUAAAUUAUAUCAAAAUAAUUAGCAUUGUUUUAUAUUUAUUGUGUUUUUUUAUAUAUAUAUAUAACAGUGGAUACCUUUUUUCCAGUACAUGUGGCAAAAAAAAAAAUAUUAUUUAGAAAUAUAUAUAUAUAUAUAUAUAUAUAUAUAUAUAUAUAUGUGUAUGUAUGUAUGUAUGUAUGUGUGUGUAUAUUAUGUGUGUGAAGCAACUUAAAGAUUGAAAAAAUAAGAAAAAAAAUAUUUCUGUUUGUUUAAUGCAAAACAGCAUGGGUGGUUCUUUUCCCUAACAUAUCACUUUGAUUAAUGAAAAACCAAUGAUUUGAAAUGAAGCUUUCUUAAGUGUGAUGUCACUGCUAAGGUCAAAUGUUUCCAAACUUAAAUGUGACUUUUUUUCUCCCAAGCUGUACAUCACAAAGCUAAAUAUACUAAUAAAACAGUGUGCUAUCUA